AUGUAUGAUUCUGAAUGUUUGUUAUUGGAUUCAAACGAUCAUCCUUCUUCGUGUACACAACCCAGCAAUUCAUCAAUCUCUAUGUCAAUUGAUUCAUCAAGUGAACAUUAUACAAGAGAAUCAAUAAUGCUUGCUUUAAAAUACAAACCAAAAGAAUAUACAACUGUUAAAAAAACAUCUAAGGCAUUGUGUUGGUCAAAAUUUGGUCUACCAGCAAAGAUAAUUGGUCCUGGUAAAUUUGAAAUAAUUAAAAACUUUGCUUCAUGUACGUCCUGCUUUCAAACUUAUUCAUAUUCUUCAAGCACAACUGCAAUGUCCAAUCAUAAAUGUAAAUGUUUAGUUUCAUCAAGUGAAAAUCAAUCAAAAAUAGAACUAAUACCAUUAGUCAAAUCCAACACUUCUACAACAUAUAGCGACACAACAACAAGUGACAGCACUAAUUCAGUUAAUCAUAAAACUCUUCAAAAGCAUAAGCGAUUAAUGACUUCUGUCAUUAGUGAUUGGGUAUGUUCGAAUACUCGUCCUAUAAAUAUUGUUGAAGAUAUCGGCUUAAAAGAGCUUGUUGAACAAUGUAUCAAAACAAGUUUCGUUUGUGGUCCAGUAUCUGCUUCAUCAAUUUUACCUUGUCGAAAGACAAUAUCGAAAGAAAUCAAAGAAACUGCAAACAAUCGUCGAAAUAAAAUAAAAGAUAUUUUAAUAAAAGCUGCUCGAGAACGUUCUCUUACUCUUUCGCCGGAUCUGUGGUCAGAUGGAUAUAAAAAAACAUCGUAUUUGGGCUGCACUGCACACUGGGUUGAUAGUCUUUGGAAAUUAAAUUCUUUGGAAUUAUUUUGUUUGCCUUAUAGGCAAUCUAAUAAAACAGGGGCGAGUAUUUUAAAAGUUUUAGAAGAAGGUUUGUCCUUGUUUGAUCUAGUUCCAUUUAUGUCAGAUAUUAUAUGGGUGUGUGACGGUGGUAGUAAUCUUCUAAAAGCUUUAGAGAAAUUUACUGUUGUUCGUUGUGUCGCUCACCGUCUUAACAAUUGUUUACAAACUAUUUUUUUUCAAACAAAUGCAUCGAAGGUCAAGAAACAUAUAUUAUUUCCUGAUCACUUUCACGAUGAAUCGGAAGAUGAAGAUGAUCAAGACAGUAAAAAUGAAAAUGAACAAAAUGAUGAUGGUUUUGAUGAUGAUGGAGUUAAUGAUCAACAAAAGGCAUGCGCCAAAUAUAAUUUUAUAACAUCAAAUAAAAAAUCUAAUGCUGUUUCGUUCAUUGCACAAUUACCAACUGAUGUUAAACGUAUUUUAGUUACAAUCGUUCAAUGUAAAGAAUUAGUCAAGUAUGUCAAGAAGAUCAAUUUGAAUCAAGAUCUUGAAGAUCGAAAUGCACUUGUUCUUUUACAAUGUACAAUUGUUCGAUGGCUCUCUUUACUGAAUUGUUUGGAGAGCGUGAACAAAUCUUUAAUUACACUUGGUGAAAUUUUUGAAGAGAAAAAUUUGAAUAAAGGAAAACUUGAUAAAAUUAAUGUGUGCUUAUUGAAUAAAUUGAUUGAUUUUCUUAAACCAUGGGAAUAUGUUAUGAAACGAGUUCAAUCGUCAAAAAUACCAUCAAUACAUAUAGUUACUCCUAGCAUUUGUAUUAUCAACUCUUCAUUAGAAACUAAAUCUGAUGAUUCAAAACAAGAUAAAGGAUUUACAUAUUUUCGACAAAGAGCAAAAACAAUUAUAAAAGAAAAAAUUCAAUAUCAUCCUAUUCAUCUGAUGGCAACAUUUUUAAAUCCGAAAACUCGAAAGAUGAAACAUUUAUCUGUCGAACAACGAGAACAAUCCAUAGAAUAUAUCAAACAAGAAAUGCUGUUAUUUGAUGGUGUUAAUGGUUUUAAAUUACCAACAACUCCAAAAGAUCCUCAAUUGCCCAUUAAUCAUCCGAUUAAAUCUAUGAGUGAUUUUUAUUCGAAUGCAGAAGAUAAUGAUGAGGGUGAUAUCGACCAACAAGCUGCUUUACGAUCUUCUUCACAUGCAUUAGAAAUCGAGUUAUAUACUAAACAAGGAUCAGAUAAAUCGAAAAGUUCGGAUGAAUCUCACGAAGAAGAAUAUAAUCCUUUGUCUUUCUGGAAAAAAAUGCAUAGUUCUUAUCCUGCUCUUUCUAAAAUAGCUGCUCGUAUUUUUUCCGUACCGGCUUCAAGCGCGGCUGUUGAACGAGAAUUUAGUCUUGCCGCGCGGUUGGGUUGGAAAUUUUUUGAAAUUCGGUCGGUUACGAUCGGUUCGGCCAGAGAUUUUUCCGGUUACGGUCGGUUCGGUUGGAGAUAUUUUAAAAUUCGGUCGGUUACGGUCGGUUCGGUCAGAGAUUUUACCGGUUGCGGUCGGUUCGAUUGGGGGAAAAGGCCGACCGAUCCCAUCUCUGGUGUCUAUCAUAAGCCUGCAGCUGAACCAUAUGUUACACCAUUUACAUCUGAUCAUCCUCGACAUGUUUUUUCUAAUAUAAUCAAAACUUCAAUUGAACGUGCAAUAAGAUAUUCAUCGACAUUCGAAGCUUUUAAUUAUGAGCGACGUUACAUUAAAUUGAUGUUACUAUACAAUGAAUAUCCAUCAACAUUUAUUGAAAAUGAGUUUCACAAAUAUUUCUCGGAAUAUAUAUCAAAAUCACGCUUCCUACCAUUAAUUGAUGAGGAACAGAAAUAUUUUCUUAUGCGAAAAGAAACAUUAGGUCUACCAACACCUCGACAAUCACAAGUAGCCAUGAGUGCAGCCCUUGCUGACAUUGACAACGAUCCACCAGAUGAUGAUGAGAGACAACAACCAAACCAACACCCUGAAAAAUCUGAAGAAAAAAUCCCGAACUAUAAUGAAAAAUUCUUUACUCAUUUCACGUAUGAAAAACGUUUCGAAACAUGCAAACGAGAUAUGCAUCAAGUAUACAAUCAUGCCUUUAAAGAUACACCAGCAAUGUAUACAAAACAAAUCGUUGGCAACCGUAUCCGUCGUCCUGCACAUAAUGAACUAAUACGAAAACGGCCAAACAAAAAAUUGUUACAAAACACAACAACCACCAAAAGUAAGUCAAACGACUAUAACAAAAAAAUCAUCGAUAUCACUCCUUUCUAUAAAAAAAAUUAA